AUGCCGUCGCACGUUGCGAUACCAAUCAGUACACCCACCCGUCGUCGGGUGCUUAUCGAUCGCGUCGAAGCAGUCCUCUGUCAUAGGUCGAAAGAUGGGGAAGAGCAAUAUCUAGUUCGCUGGAAGAACAACGGCGACGCGGAAUACCCGCCUUUAAGUUGGCAUAGUGUUUCCGAUCUUGCGAGGUGCUUGGAAUACGUUCAGGAUUAUAUUGAGUCACGCUCGAUUUCUCAGUCGCUUCUAAAGCGCAAAAGUCCUGACAACGAGACUGAGUACGAACGCCGACCAUCUCCAUUUGAGAGGCAACAGUCGGUUACAUAUCAGUCAACCUCGGUAGCAUCGGUUCUUCCUUCACCUGCACCUCUUCCAGAUAUUUACAACGGUGUAUUUGACUCUCAACAUACGCUUAUAUUCGCACGUAGCAGUUCCGGACCGAGCAUCGCCAGGCUAAGCAUACAAAAUGUACCUACACCAGAGAUGCUCCAAGCAGCUCGUACCGCAAUAACAGAAAAGGCUGCGGCCGCGAUUCGUCAGGAGUACACAAGACGGCUCAAAAGACUUCCUGGUGUGCCAAUCACCCUGCUCAACCUUCACGAUGCCUCCACGCCUAGUCUACGCUUCCGAUAUAUCACAGAAUACAUCCUCCGGGAUGGCGUUUACAAAGCGGAUCCGGAGACUCAGGAAGGCUGUCAGCAGUGCUCCACCAACAUGGGUCGUAGCAUCGGCUGCGAAUACACCAAGAAAUGCGAAUGUCUCGAGUAUGCCGCAGUCGACACGUCGCGUCUGGACGACGAGCAAUUAGAGCUGUACAAGGCCGUCCAAGCCUCGGGCGGCUCUACGAUGGGAUUUCCCAAGAAGUUCCCCUACUUUGCAGAAGGAACGAAAAUCCAGCGUGCUGGGUGUCUAGUCCGCUUCUAUCUCGACUCCCGCAAUCCGAUCUACGAGUGCAAUGAUAGCUGCAUGUGCGGGCCUUACUGCCGAAACAAGAACGUCCAAUUCGGUCGCACGGUUGAGCUUGAGAUCUUUAGAACUACGCAACGAGGCUGGGGGCUGCGGUGUAAAGAGGACCUGCACGAGGGCCAAUUCAUCGAUACAUACCGCGGGGAGAUCAUCACAGACGAGGAGGCCGAUCGCCGCGAGGCUGCCGCCACGUCCAAGGCAAAGGGCUCCUACCUUUACUCGCUCGACAAGUUCCAAGAAUCUGAAGGGCUCGCAGACGAGGACAUAUACGUUGUGGAUGGGGAAUUCAUGGGCGGCCCCACGAAAUUCAUGAACCAUUCCUGCGAGCCGAAUUGCAGACAGUACACGGUCAGCUACAACAAACAUGACUGUCGAGUCUACGACAUCGCGCUAUUUGCCUGCGAAUUUAUACCAAAGGGCACGGAGCUCACUUUCGAUUACCUGGACAAGGAAGACGAUGUCGAGGUGCCGUCUAGCCCGUCAGAAGGCGCUAUCCUGUGUCUCUGCGGCACGGAAAAGUGCAGGCGCUGGCUCUGGACUUGA